AUGGCAGAAGCACAUAGCGUAGCUGCGCUAUCGUUCACGCUAACCCACGACGGUGUGUCGGUUUCAUAUGAUCAAGAACUUCUUCGUGACAUUUGGCAUGCCUUUACGAGGGCAUACAAACGACGUUUAGCACGAUUUAAGUGUAAAGCUGAUUGUAAGAACGAUUUCAUUACGGGAAUAUUUCCGGCCAAUACCUACUCGUUCUGUGCAGUUAUCAUUUCGUUGACAGUCUUUUCGGUAUUCCGUCGUGACCUAUCGUUUGGAAUCGUACCAUUUGUGCAGCAUUAUCUGUUUGCAUUUUUGUUUGGUGAUGGAGUGAUAUCACAAAUGUUAUCGCUCGUAAUAUGUGGUGCAUUGAUAUGGUUUGUUGCAAUUCAAGCGAUUCGAUUGAGCCUAAAAGCUUUCCUAUCAUACAAAGGAUGGCUCUAUGAGGAUCCUCUGAAGUCCAUUUCGAAUAAAUCGAAAAUAUGGCUCCAAGCCUUGCAUUUCAUUUCGAAGAGUGACCCGAUGCUACAUUCAUUUCAAGGAGCGUUACCGCAUUUACCAUUGCCGAGUCUACAAGAGACUCUCGACAAGCAUUUGACAUCAAUGCGUCCCAUAUGUACAGACGAAGAAUACGAUGAGCUGGUUGAGUUGACGCAUAAAUUUAGUAAGGGAAUUGGGCGUCGUCUGCAGCGAUAUUUGGUGAUCAAAUGGAUUUUGUCGAUCAAUUACAUCACCGAUUGGUGGGAGGAAUUCGUUUAUUUGCGACAGCGAUCACCGAUCAUGAUCAACAGUAACUAUUACGGCUUUGAUACGCUACGGGGACAUCCAACGAAUUGUCAAGCAGCACGAGCUGCGAAUAUCACUUAUGUGGCGUUGAAAUUUAGGAGAAUGGUCGAGAGACAAGAAGUUAAACCGUAUGCAAUCGCUACUCGCGCUAAAGUACCGUUUUGCUCGAUGCAAUACGAGCGAAUCUUCAACAGUUGUCGCAUUCCGGGUGAAGAAACUGAUCAGUUCUUCCAUUGGGAUGACUCGAAGCAUAUUGCCGUAUUGUGCAAAGGGUGUUGGUUCAAAAUACCGAUUCAUAAUGGCAAAAGGUUUGCUGCUAAUUCGAUUAUUGACGGUGAGCUAACACCAGCGCCCGGUGAGGAGCACCUGGCCGUUUUGACGGCUGGUGGAAGGACGGAUUGGGCGCAUGCAAGAAAGAAGUUCUUCUCGGCUGGUACAAACAAGACAUCGUUGCAUGCGAUUGAACGUGCCGCUUUUGUGAUGAUCUUGGACGAUAAGGAGGUUGAAUAUGAUGAGAACGAUCAGUCAAAAUUGGACCAUUGGGCGUGCGAUUUGUUGCACGGAAACGCGAAGGAUCGUUGGUUCGACAAAUCGUUCAAUUUCAUCGUUUAUAGAAAUGGACGAAUGGGUAUCAAUGCCGAGCAUUCAUGGUGA